AUGGAAGAAAAUGAUACUUCAACUUUGUCAGCUCAACCAUUCAAUGAAACAUUCACAAAUUCUAUUACAAGAUCGAGUAGCCCAACAUUAAAAAUAAGUACAAGUACAAGAAGUGAUAUCGAAAUUUAUGAUAACCCUACCUCUAAAAAAGCUAAAUUUG